GGCUCCAUCAUAUACUGCCACGGUGUGGAUGUGUAUGCAAAUCGGGCAGCCCGUUCACGCACCGAAAGUUUCCGCCUCCUCUCGUCUCUCUUCUGUCCUCACGGCCGCAGAAACAGACGCGACACCGCCACGGUCACGCUGAAUAUGCCCGGACUGCUGCUCGGAGAUGUAUUUCCUGAUUUCGAGGCGGAGAGCACCACCGGCAACAUCAAACUCCACGAGUUCCUGGGAGAUUCGUGGGGAAUCCUCUUCUCCCACCCCAGGGACUACACCCCGGUGUGCACCACGGAGCUGGGCCGAGCUGCCCGGCUCAGUUCAGAGUUCAGUAAGCGCGGCGUGAAAAUGAUCGCCCUGUCCGUGGACUGCCUGCAGGACCACCACGGCUGGACCAAGGACAUCCUGGGAUACAACUGUGAGGAUCCUGCCUCCUCCUCGCUGCCCUUUCCCAUCAUAGCUGACUGCAAACGGGAGCUGGCAGUGGCUCUGGGCAUGCUGGACCCCGAUGAGAAGGACAAAGAUGGCAUGCCGCUCACUGCCCGCUGUGUGUUUAUCAUCGGCCCCGACAAAAGGCUCAAACUGUCGCUCCUCUACCCGGCCACCACCGGACGCAACUUUGACGAGAUCUUGCGAGUGGUGGACUCCCUCCAGCUCACAGCCGGGAAACGAGUGGCCACGCCUGCCGACUGGAAGCCCGGAGAGUGUGUGAUGGUCCCUCCCAGCAUGUCCGAGGAGGAGGCCGCCGCUCUGUUCCCAGCUGGCGUCUACACCAAAGAGCUGCCCUCUGGGAAGAAGUACCUGCGCUACACGCCCAAGCCAUGAGCACGGGCAGGGACGGCACUGAUAUUCAAUAUUCACUUGAUUUACUUAAUAUUUAAAACAUUUUAAUAUAUGCAGAAAGACGGAAAAAGUUUUCUACUUUGCAGCCGUGAUACUGUUGGGUUUAACACAUUUGGAUCAUACUCUACGUUAAUUGUUUACCAGUGUAGCUCUUAUUUAUAGGACAAAUGCAAGAGGAUGUGGUUUAAUGAUUAUAAUACUAUUGUCAUGCCUGUAUACUCAUUUUAUCUGACAGGUUUAUGCCAUUUAACAGAUAAUCACACCUGUACUUAUUUUGGAAUUGUGUAAAAGUGAUUACAAUAUCUUUGCCGUAGCUGUGCCUGGUCAAAUUACUGAAUUUCACUUCAAAUCUGUACUGUAAUGAGGUGUGGAUUAUUCGUUGGAAGAGUUGCAAUUUUGUGAGACAAUAAAAACAUAAAGGUUGCUCA